GGUGAAUCUAAGGAAAGGAUUAUCAAUUGUUGACUUUUACAGAGGAAGCGUUUCGCAGAGAGAUCCUGGUCAGUGAGUUGGAUGCAGCGUUCACCAUGAAGGUCUCGACCUACAAGACGAUAUUCUUCGCGAUUGCCUUCACUCUUCUGGCAAAUAAUGGUGUUUUUGCCUUCAGAAUCUCCACAGAAAGCAACAGUACGACGAGCCCUUCCAAUGAAACGACGCCAAUCCACAAGAUGCACAGAGAAGCAAUUUUAGGUAACGUAGCAUGGUCAAGUUUUGUGAUAGAACUGACGUCCCUAGAAAUGCCAUGUAUUUUUGAUGUACUAACGGAAAAGUUAACGCAUUUAUUUCUUUACUUGUUCCUUUUAGAGGCCCUUAACGUUGAUACGUUAUAUGCUACAAAAUGUCGCAAGCAAUCACUAAUAGCGUCACGGGAUUAAGAUAAUUUUCAUAAUGCGCACAGUAUGUUUUAAGUACAAACGGCUUCAUAUCCUUCUGUUCUUCGAAUCUUUAUUACAAAACCCAAUUUACCACAAAUAGCUGUAUGAAGAAGUUACUUUUUAAGAAAUCGCCGCAAAUCGAUACCUUGUUUUCUUUAAGACAACUCUGUCAAUUUUACGCACUCGAACACUAAGACUUCUGCCAUGACUAUCAUCGGUUAAUCUUUUGUUUGAUGUAUUAUGAAGAACAAAUGACUCAAUAACACCGUACACAUUACGAAAACAGCAAAAUAUCAAUGUAUGAAGAAAGUGAAUGCAAUUUGUCUUACUGCUAGGGCACUUAAGAUCUUCCGGCUUCCUUGAUGGUUAAAAGAACUCCUCGUGUGAACAAACACAUGUCCGGUUUAGUCUACAAUAAAUGUGAGACAUAAUUGAUCUUCCGUUAAAAGGUAAAAACCACGUAACGCGAGUGAAUUUCAGCAUCGAAUUCCACGAAAGAUGGAUUGUAGACGUGCGGUAGGGAGCUUAUGGCCAAUCUUAGAUAGCGGCUUGGGCCAGCUCUUGCCUUUUCUAAAAGCGACUCUCAGAAUUUUUAUCGAACGAUUCUAUUGACCGAAAUUUGAAAGCUUUUAGAGAAUUUGUAAUUGAAAACUUUAAAUAAAUAAAAUGGCGCACAGGAACUAGUCUAUUGAAGAUGCGAGCGUGAGAAAUAUCUCACGCGAAUUGGCGUGAUUUAAAAACAAUUUACCUACGGAAAGGAAGAUUAUCGUGUUUGGUCAGUAGUUAAGCGUUUUCGUCAAUAAUUUCGUUUUCAGUUGGUGGUGUUAAGUUUUGCAGUCAAUUUUUAUAAUGACAUUUUUUGUUUAAAUCUAACCUUUAUCCAACAAAUUUAACUUAAACUCUCUUGGUUCACAUAAAAUAUUAAGUUCAGCUAGCCGUUCUGGAUCUAUUUAGUAUUACAACGGCAUCAUCAGAUAAAACCCAAAGAUUAUUUCAGCGAGGAUUUGUAUUAUUCCAGGAGGGAAAUAGUUAAGCCAAAACAGGCCAACGGCCAAAAAAAAAAGGAUGCAUUUGGAGAAAUCAUUACAUUUGUCAUAAGGGUAAGGCAGGGAACCACAUCAGAAUUCCCAUCUUUUUUGGCCAAGUGGCGGUAAUUGCACCACAAAGAGUGUUACAUGUUUUAUGUGAUAUGUGGCCGCGGCUUGAAGAUUGUAUCCAUAACAUAUUUUAUGACGACAGACCGAGCUGUGUUCGGAACCUUAAGGACGCGCGAGCUCGUAACUUGAGUUGAGGAUAAUUUUUUACACCUCUUUAAGUCCUCCAUAAUAAUUAUUUUACCAUCAAAAAGGAGAUUUUAACAACUUGUUAAUCAGUACUGCAUAUGUGUGUAUGUGUUUGAAAUACGUUUCCUGAGAGUAGGACAGUGUAAUUACGUAAAUUCCGCUACCAAAGUACGAUGUUUACAACUCAUGCUGUUCGCCGCAAAACCUUUCUAUCUAAAGCAGAUGUUAGCCGCAUUGUAACAUUUCUCCAAGCUUUUAGUCGUUUAAGCUCGGAACACGUCAAAUAGGUUUUGAGUUACUUUUAAUUAGUAACAAACAUAAAAGGAUUUACAAUAACCCCCGUGCAUAGCUUUCCUCAGCAUUUCAUCACAGGCAGAAAUCAUUUAGAAAAAAAUGUUGAUGGCAUUUUUUGUUGGCACACUGAAGAAAAGAACAUUGAAACUAAACCGUAAAUCGACUUAAACUAAUGAUUCGUUUAUGUCAAAAUGAUUUUCUGAAAGAGGAGUGUUUUUCAAAUCGCAACUUUGUAACGUCAUUAUUAAAUCAGUUGUAAGAUUUUCAGUACUUUAUGUCCCAAGGACGGUUUAACAAUCAGUUGGCAACAUUGGCAACUUUCCCUAAAGUACUUAUAUUCUGAUUCAAGUGACCCGAGCGAUCAAGAAUUUGGCCUGGCACAUUUCUCCAGAUUUGUUUAUUAAGAGCACUUAGUUAAAAAAUUGAUAAAAAUUAUUUUAUUUUUAAAGUUUAGGUGUAACCACCUUUCAUCUUCAUGUCUACUAAAUUGUUUUUAAAUCACGCCAAUUUGCGUGAGAUAUUUCUCCCGCUCGCAUCUUCAAUAGACUAGUUCCUGUGUGCCAUUUAAUUUAUUUAAAGUUUUCAAUUACAAACUCUUUAAAAAGCUUUCAAAUUUUGGUCAAUAGAAUCUUUCGAUAAAAAUUGUGAGUUUCAGGGGAAGGUAUAAUGUCGUUUUAACAUAUGGAUCGUUGGUUUGGAUUGUGUUUUAUGUUUUCAACGGCCUCUUGAUUCCUCCUCGGAUCCUUAAGAAUUCCUCCUUACAGUAUUACAGCUGAAUCAAACACCAAAAUCACGGGAGGGGAAGAAAUUCUCGCCAACGAAGGAAGCUCUUGAUUGUUAAGCAAAUUCCUCUACAUACGUAUGGUCUGAUGUUAUUAUUUUUGACUUUUCGCGAUAUCCUGUAAGUUUAACAAAAGUAUAAACGUGAACUGCUUUAACCUUUUAACUCCCAUGUGUGACCAAGACAGAAUUUCUCUUUACAAUAUCAAUGCAAUGUCAAGCAGACAAGUGAUGAGAAUAAAUAUUAAUUAGGGGAUUAUUGGUUGAUCCAAUACCAAAUUCUCAAAACUAACAUUACAAGAACUAUGUGGCAGACAGUAAGGAGAAUUACUAAUGAGAUCUUGGGAAUGAAAGGGUUAAAAAGAGAAUUUAAAGAAGUAAAUCAUCGGCCCUUUUCAUGGGUUGAUACAUGUUGUUUAUCAUGCUUUAACGUGCUUCGAAUAACAGCACAAAAGUAAGAUAAACCAAAACAGAGAGAGGAUGAUGAAGGCUGGCAAGAUGAACGUGAUGCUUAGGGACAGCAAAGACUAAUUGGAUUAUGAAUGAUACUCGAACCAUAAAUUAAUUCUUUAUUUUUUUCUCAUUGACUUUGCAAAAGAUGGAGGAUGUGAUUUUGACGUGGAUUUUUGUAACUGGACCAAUGAAACAAGUGGAGAUGACUUUGAUUGGAUUCGGCUGAAAUCGAGAACACCAAGUAGCAAUACUGGACCUAGGAAGGAUCGCUCCGGAGAAGGUAGGACUCUGCAAUCAUCACUCAUAGAGAUAGUAGAUGGCUUUUUCUUAAGUGUCGCUGGCGAAAAACCAAACUAAUUGCAACAACCAAUCUAUGCAAAGGAAAAUAACACAAAGAGCCGAUGAUAACACAAGCAGGGUAUUUCAAAAGCGCGGGAAAACGCGAGGCAAUAAAGUUUUUAUGUUAGUUCUCUUAUCCCAAAAUGUAUGAAGAGUAAGUUUUAUAAGUGCUUUUUUCUGCAUUUUUCGUAUCUUUUUAUCCAAGAUCACCCUUACAUCAGCGAUCCCCAAUCAUAAACUUUUGCAUUUCUCGCUGAACCGACUUUGAAUUUCUCAAUUUUUUUUCAAAGUACGGCUUGUCUCGCGUGAUUUAACUAACAUCGUUUCUUGUUUGUACUUAAUUCUGUUUCCUGUUCUCUUUAAAAGUUGCUAUGAUUCUGCCAUUGUUGUCGUAUUUUUGUGAAAUUUUAUCCGCCCAUACAUUUUCUCUAUAUAAUGCUUUUACGUCAAGUUCCACCUGAACGUAGUUUCGUCAUAAUACUAACCCGUAAGACUUUUGUGUCCCAGGCUUCUAUAUCUACGCCGAGGCGUCAUGGCCGAGAAAAGCUGGUGAGACUGCUCGUCUCCUUGGAGGUCCGUUUUCCGGUAUAAUGUGCAUGCGUUUUUUCUACCACAUGUAUGGAAGACACAUAGCAGAUCUACAAAUCUACCUAAAAGAGGAUGGGAUGGAGAAUUUUGUCUGGGGCCGAUAUAAAAACCAAGGAAAUACCUGGAGGUACAGCAACGUCACAGUCUUCGGCAACAAUUACACAGUAAGAGAAAAUGAAACUGUUUAUAUUUGGGUGUGCGGAACUUCUGACUGAUGUGCUGAGUGUCUUUUUCAGUGAGAGUCGUUGAAACCACUUAGGCCUCAGGGGAAGUUAUGAUUGAUAACCAGGAAUGUCUUUUUUAUCGGGUGAGGCCAUGUUUCGUGCUCUUGUCUCCAAAGAUUGCUACGUCACAGGUAGCUUACGUACCAGUCUUUUCAGUUUCCUCCUAUUCGAGCAUGAAAAGCGUAAGCUUGUGGGCAUGGAACGGAGAGGGGGGCGUGGUCGCGUUACGUGUUAAAAAGAAAGAAGGAAGAGCCUUUCUUUGCUUUAGCUCAUGAUAUUUCCAGUUAUGCUGAAAGGAAACUGAAAAAAUUGCAGGCUAUGGGAGAAGUUUACAGCGUUCUUUCAAGUCAAUCUCUGGCUUCUAGACUGAUCAUAAAAUAUUUUCCCUCAGAUUAUAUUUGCUGCCAGAGUGGGCAAGUCCUAUCAGGGUGAUAUUGCCUUGGAUGAAAUAACGUUUGUCAAUGGAACUUGUGAUGGAAAGGAACUUAAUUAUUUGCCUCGCAACUUGACGGUGCACUCAGAUAUGAAAAGAGGAGAGACAGGUAUUGUAUUUGAUUAUUAUCAGCGACUGGCCAGCGGGUAACUGACUGAGAUUCUACUAAAAAAUGACAGUUAGACUAACUGAUCGGCUGACUGACUUACAAAAGACCACCCACUUAUUUACUCACCUAUGUGAGUUACCAACUGCCUAACUCACUAACUGACUGGGUGUUGGACCAACUAACUGACUAACUGACUGAUUGCCCGCUUGACUGACGAAAAGACACUACGUGCGAACCACGUACUGACACUCCGAUAUACAACGGAUGGAUUUUAUGAUUGACUAAAUCACUGAAUAUAGCGGAGUUGACUUGAGUGACUCAAUGUCAUUCUGAAUAGGUGUUUAACGUUUCUUCCUACGUAAUUGUAUUUAGGGACGUGCGACUUUGAUGGUGGGUUUUGUGAAUGGAUCAAUCUGCCCCUUGGUGAUGAAUUCGACUGGACUUUAAACAGUGGAGCUACAGGAACAGUAGACACUGGUCCAGAGAAAGAUCACACCGGAUACGAUGGUGAAUUAGUUUCAUAUUUUAUCGUAUCAUUAAGAAUUCUACGAAGACUUUAGCCUGCUUAGUGUGACCACAUGAUCGUUGAAUCGCAUAUCUAAUCUAAACUUAUAAUUUGUUUGUCAUCAGGCGCAUAUAUAUUUAUUGAGGGGUCUGCACCCCAGAGAUAUGGAGACAGGGCGCUGCUGAUGGGCCCACGCAUUUGCGGAAGAAUGUGCCUUCAGUUCUUUUACAGUAUGUACGGGGAUCGCAUGGGCAAGCUGAGUGUUUACAAGAGAGAAGGUGUGCGUAGUGACGAUCUUUUGUGGACUAUGUCGGGACAUCAGGGACCAGAUUGGCACGAGGCUUUAGUUGAUAUCGGAGGAGCUUGUUACCAGGUGCUCUAAUAUUUUUUAUCCUCUAAGAUAAGGUGUUCUUGUCAGUGAGGUAGAGAAAUUCGGUCUUUGAAUUCAGAAGGCUUAAAAAUUUUUCACAUAUCAUUGAGUUGGAACUUCGGCUCCCUAAGCUGUAAGACAGUGCUAAGAAGUUCGAUUGAGAAAGGAACGCAAAUUAGUGAUUCACAUUGGUACACGUGAAUUGUACGCAAUAUACUCGCGUGUUCUGCUUGUUCACGCGCGUGUCGCUUGUGUUCUCUUCCAGUGACAAUAGCGCGGGCCAAACCGACUGAAAUAGAUGAGUAGCUUCAGUAAGCAACCUGUGAAGUCAUCGAACUUCACUGAAAUAUCUAUAGGUAAACUUUACCGAAAACAUUUAGUCCGAGUAAAGAAUAUCUUACGCGAAAGCGUAAACAUUGGUUAGGUUAGAUUAUAGGCGAUAGAAAUCGUGGCUAACCUCUAGUACUAACAUGAUCCUUCAAAUUUAAAUUGCAGAUUAUUAUUGAAGGCGUUGUGGGUCCUUCUUAUCUUUCUGAUCUUGCUGUGGACGACAUUUUCUUUAGCAAAGGAACCUGUUGUCAGUUGAAACAAGAUUCAUUCGAUGCUGGGUUGAUUGGUGAGUCAAAGCAAACCGAACAAACAGCAAAAAAGUAACAUAACUGUUCAUCUUGCGUGGAACGCUAUCGGAAUUUAUUUUCGUGUGUUGUUAAUCAACAUGUGUAUCGCGAUCGGAUUUUCCAGGAUCGUGCACCUUAGAAAAGGCAAUGUCACAGAUACGAUUAAAAGCAGAAACUUCGUUUGAUUAACGGAACAAAUGAUGGAGCCCUGCUCGAUUUUGCGUCAAAAAUAUUCAUCUAAUCUAACUCAUUUAAUUAGUUGGCCCGAUAGUUUGCGCGUGAAAGGCCGGUCUUGAGCCUGAUCCUUUAGUCUUGGGAAAGACACCGAGUUCUCAUAUUACCUCUAUACCCUCGGGAGUAUAGGCAAGUACUGGCGUGGCCUUAGCUCAGACAUCUGAACGUUUGAUUCAACCUAAUCGUAAUAGACCUUAGAUCCUUGUUGCCUUGUGCGCUUAAAAUAUUCGGAAAUUAUACCGUCAUUUCCCCAGGUAACUGCACAUUUGAUGAAGGAUUGUGUAAAUGGAUAAAUGAUCCCAAUGAUGACUUUGAUUGGCAGCUGAUAGAGGGAGGGACUCCAAGCGAAGAAACAGGUCCAACUGCUGGUUAUGAAGGAGAAGGUUAGAUGCCUUGGUAUUGUGACCCCGUAACAUCUUCAUAUUGACAUUAAAAUCAUGCAUGUCUUUUUGAGUGCUUAGGAACUUUGUGCUAAUAAACAGGAAUCUAACAAACCCUCGGAGACCAUACAAGAAGGAGCACACUUCUUACUUGGCUUGUCAAAUGGACCGAAAAAAUUCAAGUUGAGAUACCAUCUAAUGGCAUAUAGUUAGGGGAGGUUACUAUAAAUAAGUUGGCCAAAGGAGUUGCCUUCGGUCCCGAGUUAAUGUAAAGCUGCUUAAUCAUGGAUUAGAUAAGAGUUGACACAGCGCCCUGCAUAAUUUGCUCGAUCAAAUUAUCCGCGAAGGAUUAUCAUCUUAUCUGCAUUAAGAUGGGCAGCUUUAAAGGUUUAAAUGACUCUGAAAACUUUAUUUUAGGGUGCGCUCGUAUCUUUGUAGUUGUACCAAUUUUGUCCUUUAUGGCACCAAAUUUGUUUUGUCUUAUUUCUUAAACGAGCAGUUUUCUAGAUUUUAUUAUUUUUGUUUAGAUUAUUAUUAAGCAAAAUUCAUUAAAUCAUACUAUAAUUUUUUUACUUCAUUUGCCUAGUUUUGUGACUUCGUUCACUUGAAAAUUAUUCUGGUUACUGUAAUAGGCUGAGGGUGAUUUUGAAAAAGGAAAAAUGAAAUUGAAAAAAGGGAAAGGCAAAUGAAAGGCGUGCUGCGCAACGAACCCUUAUAACGGCAGUGAAUAAGAUUAAAAGAUAACUAAAACUUACCUCUUUCACAGCACAUCAUUUUUUACCCUUUGUUUUACAUUAUAUUUUCUUCCUCAAAGGUCAGUACCUUUAUGUGGAAUCAUCAGAGCCCAGACGAUUCGCUGACAGAGCAAUCCUGACCAGCGGUUUAUUGAAGGGCCUUCAGUGCAUGCGCUUUAGAUAUUAUAUGUUUGGUCAAGAUAUGGGUUCGCUCUCUGUUUAUCGCGUGGGCGACGGAAUUAUGAGGGGCCGGUUAUGGCGUCGCUAUGGAAACCAAGGUGACAAGUGGCACGAAGCACGAGUAACUCUUCCUUGUAACUCAACGUCGUAUGUGGUAAGGUCUUGAACUUUUGCGCACAGAGUUAAUUUCUUAAACAAAUUGAUUUCAUGUUGCCAUGCAUCGGUUCAGUAAUAGGUCACAGAUGACAUUAAGAGGCGGCAGAACAAGAAUGUGGCACAUGAAUGUGUCACUGAUGUUCCUAUCGCCUUUUGACGUCGUCCGUGAUCUAUUACCGAACAGACCCACGGCAACCUAAAACCUAUGUUUUACAUAGCAAAAAAGGCAAAAAAAAAAAAAAUGCGACGUCUUCAAUGCGUCUCUCCUCUGAUAGAUCAUAGGAAGGAACCAACAAAAAUGCAUAUAUAAUUAACACUCUUCACCAAAGCGGAGGUAAAUAACCACCACUUUCUCCUACGCUGAGGUGAAUAAUUCAGUAUAUACCUCAAAAAAAGAGAAAACUAGUUUAUUUCUUUCAAUAUACCAAAAAACGGUCGGAAAUUAAACUCUUGGCGCGCGAUUUUGUCUCUUCGACUCCCCGGAGGUGAUUAGUUCUUGCUUUUUACCUCCGAACUAACCAAUCCGCGCGCGCGAAGAGCUCUGUUUACUUGUGUGAUAUAUACAAAUUCAUGUUGUUUACAUCAUUAUUUACAUCAACCAUUCACAUCACAGUAUUGAAGCCAACCAAUCUUGUUUGUCCCUUGUCAUCAUAGAAACGAUGCCAAAAGUUGUUUCUCUUCAUUUGCUUUGUUUCUUGAUCGUUUACAUCCAUGCCCCUUGUAUUUUCCUCAGCGCUGUUUGAAGGGUGAAGCCUUCUUUGAAUAACCUGAUAUGUUUGAUCCUCAAUGUGUAGCAAUGAGGAUUACGAGAAAACGAUAAUACUUACUAAUUUACUGUCACAUACGCUUUAGUAAGUAAAGGCAGAAACCUAAACGAAUAAUCUUAGCUCACAGUUGUCAAAUAAAUGAAAUUCUUUUAGAUACAAAUCGAAGCGGUUAUUGGUGUAUGGAGAAGUGACAUAGCCAUUGACAAAAUCGAGUUCACGAAAGGUGCUUGUCCUCCAUUCCAACGUGCUAUCACUGCUGCUACAACGUCAACGACGUCCGCAACUACACCGACCAUUCCAGCACAUUUAUUGGUUGAAAGUAAAGAAAAAUCUCUCUUUAUUUUUUUUUAAAAUGCAACCUUUCAUAAUAUUGCGUCAGUUUCUUUCUUACUUACUUACCUACUUAUUCACUUAUUCAUACAUACGACCCCAACUUGAUGCCUCAAACUUUGGUUGUUGUUGAAUGUUUUUUGUGUGUGCUAGUAAAUUUCAAUUGAUAUUCUAUCCGCUCCAUAUCAACACACAUUAGCUUGAGGUAAAUACGAAGAGAAGUGUCAGGAUAUAGUUGAAACUGAUCUUGCGCCACCUCAAGGAUAAAAGCAACAAAGAAGUGAAAAAUGUCUUGUUUUACUCAACUGACUUUUGCUUUGCCAGAUGAUUGUUCAUUCAAGGGACAUUUCUGUUCCUGGAUAAACGAUAACAACGAUGACUUUGAUUGGCUGAUAAACAGUGGGGAUACGAUGACUCAGAACACUGGGCCCACUUCCGAUGCGGACGGAGAUGGUGAGUACGAAAUAUUUUCCUCUGUGGCGAAAGAGCGCUUCGUAGUUUUCCAAAAAAAAUUACCUAGGCUUAGGUUCAUGUUGAAGUGUUAUAUGAGGACUGACUUUAGGACUGGGCUUUUCACUGUUACCAAAUUUGAAACCAAAGUGGCUUGACAAUUUUAAUCAAAUGAUCAGAUUCCAGAGCUACUCGUGAUGCAACAGACUCCCAUCAGUUCGCCUCAAUGGUGCCCACUCCUAGCUAUUCCCGAGGUACAGGGGCGAUGUGAGGGCUGAGUUUCUUCCCCAGAAAUAGAACCUUAAGACCCGGCUUCCUCCUUGCAAACCAUCAGACUAACUCAUCAAAUACCUUUUUCGCAAAAUCAUGUCGGGCUCAGCAGAGCUGAAUGACAUACGUCACAGGUGUGCGGUUAAUAACGCGAGCUCAAGCGUACGAGGUUUAAAAUUCAGCAAAAUUUGCAGGUAAAAAAGGGGCUGGCGUUUAAAACCAAGAAAUUUUGAUGUCACUGAAGGUAUUUUCCGAUUUCAAGUGUUUGUAAGGAGAAAAUGAAUUUUUGAAAAUAAUUAGGAGGUGUACAAAGUUUUUGGAGUAUGUUUUGGAAAAAAAUAGUGGCAGACGUUAUUCAGCUCUGUCGUCGGGCUUCAUAAUUUGUUGCUUAGUUCUACGUUUAGCAUCUAAUUUCUCCUUACAUCAUCACCCCUGAAUCACACAUUAACGUCAUGAGAAUAAAUGAAAGGAUCGCCGUCUGAAGAAGCUCUUGACUGUUGGACAUCCUCGUCGGCAUCCUAGGAAAUACACAGACAAAAGUGUAGAGGAUAUGCAGACCGAUGUUAGGGUGUAAAGAAUUAAAGAGCUUUCAUACCAGUGGAAGAUCAAACGCUCUCCUCUUGCCCAUUAUCCCUUUCUCAAUGCAUAUCCUUCUCCUUAUUUUUGUCAUCUUCAAUAUCGUUGCCAUUAUAAUUGUCGUCUGCGUUGUCAUUGGCUUUGUCGUUGUCAUCAUUAUCAUCAUUAUUCUUAUUUCGAUUUUCUUAUUAUACCGAAGGUUGGUAUAUUUAUCUAGAAGCCUCUCUGCAAAAAAGUGGUGAAAAGGCCAAGCUGCUAAGUGGAUACAUGACUGGAACCCAGUGCGUACAGUUCAAGUACCACAUGUUGGGGUCUGGAAUCGGUACUCUUAGGGUUUAUCAAAUCAAAAGAAAAGACUCAACACCGAGAGUGGUUUGGUACCGAGUCGGAGACCAAGGGGAAGACUGGAAGAAUGCACAAUUUAAUUUGUUCGGGAGAUUUUAUAGGGUAAGUUUAGGAUGUCUAGGAGACUUUGCUAGUCUGCAUUUCUUCUUUCACUGAAGCCAAGUGUAUGGGUAUAUAUAACUGAUUCUCUUAACUGUAGAAAGCGCCGCUUGUCUUUCCGAUCAGAUGGAAACGAUCACGAUUUGUAUUUCCGGAUUAUGCUAACAGUUAUGUUCUAGAAGAUUCUAAAUUGUCUGACUUUUACCGAAACUGUCAAAGCGCAUUCCAAAUGUUUAAACUAAAUUGAAAGGUGACACCUUUUAUGGAAAUUACGGAUCAGACAAGUGCUCAAAUAAAUUUGAAGACAGAUUAUCUUAUUAACUUGUCGAGGCCACUAUAGAAUGUAAGACCAAACAUCCACUGGAACAGGAAAAUCCUGGAGCUUUGAGGUUUUUUCUGAAUAGGGUGACGUUAAGUUUUAUCACAUUUAACAGUACCUCUGAUUAACCUUUGUUAUUUCCUUCCUUGAAUUAAUUGCAAGUGUCAAUGGAAAUUUAAAUGAAACCUUUUAGCCAUGUCUCCUUCCUGUGUCUUAUAGCACAUGCAUAGUACAAUCCCCUUUCGGGGACCUAAGCCUGUUCUGUUUGUUUCUCUGCAGAUUUUCAUUGAGGGUGUACGAGGUUCAACUUUCGAAGGGGACAUAGCAGUGGACUCUAUAACAUUUACACCAGGGAGAUGCGUGGUAAGAGUCAGUGAAGAAGAAAUCCAAGCGGACAGCCAUCUAGCAUUAGGUGAGAACUCUGCGUUGCAUACCGAGGUGUUACCUAGAUUGACUUAAACUUGGAUUAACGGAUCGAGGUUUGUUUCAUUCUUAAAUAGGAAAAAGAAAACGUCUACUCGGUAGCUAUGUUCCUACCUCACCGCGAGAGAAAAUCGAAAAUUUUCAAACCAGCAUAAACAGCUGACCAAAAAGAAACAAAAAGUGAUAUUUCAAGCCAUCUAGAAACAGUAGGAUUUGACCUCCCGGAAAGAGGUUCUCUUUCUGUAAGUACAGCAAAAAGGUUUGGAAAAAAGUGUCGGUUAUUCUUUUCCCCAGGAGUGUGUUCCUUCGACUCAGGUUUUUGCCAGUGGAGAAACGAGGGAAAUGAGGACCAGUUUGAUUGGUCAAUCACUGAGGGUGAGACGCCCUCGAAGGGUACUGGGCCACUAACUGGAUUUGGCGGAUCAGGUAAUUAUUUCUAUGGUAAUUAUGUACAUGAAAAAAUUACGCGCUUCUGAUUGGCUUAAAACGCGUGCAUUCACAUGCAACACGAUUGCAAAGCGGUAACAAGAGAGCAAAUUACAAAUAGAGCGCGCACGCUUUCAAAAUUUCGUCUGUCUUGACUUUCUGCGAUGUUUUUUCAUGUACAUUAUUAACAAGUAAUGACACGAUUUCUCUUGCAAUUUGGUGUAAUAAGCACUCGUUCAUUUUUGAGACUAAAAAUUGCUCUUGCCCUGCGGGCUCGUUUAAUUUUGUUGUCUUUGAAAAAUUAAUCGUGCUUAUUUCCACCAAAUUGUACUCGAAAUCAUGUUAAUACCUACACAAAAACUGAUGCAAAUUUGUAACCCUUAACUCUCACGAGUACCAAGACGGAAUUCUCCCUAAAAAAUAUCAUAACAAACUCAAGUAGACAAGUUAUGAAAAUAAAAAGUAUCACCAAUUGAAUAGGAGCUUGUAUGGCAAUUAAGGAGUAUAGAGAAUUAUAAAUGAUUUCUUGAGAGUGAAGGGGUUUAGUCAUCGAUUCGGCUUUGUGAAUUCUUUAAAUCCUCACCUAAAACUCUAGGAUAAGACUCCAACUUAAAGUAUAUUUGCGUUUUAUUAUUGCUAGGAAAGUACGCUUUUAUCGAGUCCUCCUCUCCUCGAAGGGCUGGCGACAAAGCCAUGUUGACAAUAUAUGGUUCUGGAGAGGACCGCUGUCUGCUCUUUGCUUACCACAUGUCGGGCAAAGAUAUAGACAGCCUGUCUGUGUAUAAACAAGAGCUGGGAAAAGGAAUCCUACCUGCCUUGCUAUGGAACAGUAAUGGAAACCAGGGAGACGACUGGAAAAAAGCUAAAAUUGGUAUUAAAGGAGGUAGCCAGUAUAAGGUAAGAUGCAAGUUACAAAUAUCUCCGUCGUUAAUUUGUGCGUACGAAUUGGCUAUAGCAAAACGCUGAAAUUUAGAGUAUAAUUAAAAACUGAUGGUAGCAAGUUGAAAUGAAACGUUUCGGCCACAUUUUUGGGUCAAAAUCAGCUUUCUUCAUUUCACAGCGCAAUGUUUGGUAGGCUACACUUGGCUGACGCGCGUCUCAGAUAAAUUUUUUUUUUUUUUUUUUUUCAGAGAAAAUGAAUUCUCCUAAUCCGUUGUGAUUUCCUUUGAUUUUCGCUUUUACUAAUUCCUAAUUCCAACUUCCUUCCCAUUCAGUUAAUCAUCGAAGCUGUAAGGGGUCGAAACUUUCGAGGCGACAUUGCGAUCGACGAGGUUGGCUUUAACAAGGGCUUCUGUGGAAAGCAAGUACGAAUGGUGAAAGCAGGGAAUAAAUCGGAAAACAGCAAAUAACAAUUACGCGAUCCGCGCCGAUGAGAAAGAACUUCUUCUGACCAACUGUCCCAUCACAAAUGACUUCAGAACAAAGCAUUGCUGACAGUUUGAUUACCUACAUUUUGCAUUAUUAAUAUAUAUAUAGUAUUCCGCUCGUGUUGUGGAUGAUUUUGUAGGUGUUCUAUCAUUGUUUUGAGAUAUUUAUUUGUUUGUUUUUUUUUUUAAUUCAAUUUUUGUUUUUUUUCUGGUUGAUCGUUUCUUGUUACUGUUGUUGUUUCGUAAAAGGCAAAAUUUUUCGAAGGACAACUUCAAUGCUCAAUUUCUGCGAUUACUUAGCUUCGCAAGUGUAAAGUGCGCUGCCUUUUGAGCCGCAUUAAGCAAUGCAAAACAAACUGUCACUUCCUGCUCGGAUAACGGAUUACAAUUUACAAAGGCGACAUAGCACUACUAUUUGCCUGUAUAAAGUGGUUUGAAAAGUCGCAUAUAGGUGUCCUUCGAUUGGUAAAAGGUUUUUUAGAAACUUUUAGAAAUUUUCUAGAAACUAACAGUGGUUUUAUUCAAUCAAGAGAGAUCCUGAGUCAAAAUUAUUUAGGGUUAGUUGUGUGACGUUACCUAUUGAAGCGUGACACAUGGCACUGCCAACGAACUCUUGGCUGAAAAUUUACUGUUUUAAUGAUUAAAUUUCGUUUAUCCUGAAGUUAUCACUUCUUAGAUUAAAAUCGGUAGGAAUUUGAAAUACUCUUUCUUCAAAAUUCCUUAUAUCAGCUGAAGAUGUCGCAGCAAAUGAAAUAGAAGUUGCACAAGACAGAUUUUACGACCUCUUUAUGAGGAGUCUAUGAAUAAUACAUUUGUAAAGAAAGAAAUAUCGAAAUUGGCUAAUUUUUUAUUUCCUUUUGUUCUUCAGUAAGUAGAACAAUUUUAAAUAAUUUUCAGAAAAGAAACUUCAAAGGUGCUUCUACUUAACAUCUUUUAAGAUGCAUUCAUAGGUUCCAAAAAUCAUGUGAUGCAUGACCAUUAAAGUAAUAAAAUAUGUCUCCUGUCGAGAAAUUAUUUUUUUUUUAACGAUGUUCAAUGCAUACAGCGUGCCAAUUUGGGGAUGGUCUUUGACUCGUGCUGUGUGAGAUAAGAUAGAGGAAGGAGACAUGGCUAAAGGGCUUGAUAUCAAUUUUCAGUGAUCCUUCCAAUUAAUUUUAGGAAGGAAAUUGCAAAGGUUAAUCGAAGGUAGG